GGACGUGUGGCUGGGACAGCUGUGUGUUUGUGCUCCAGGAGGCGAUUUAUUUACGUGAGGUAACUUCAGGAGAUGGGUGUGCCAUCAGGUGAAACUUGAUCAGAGAACAAAGUUCAUACAGCUGAGUCUUCUCACCUGAGGGCAAGAUGUCACACUACAACUUCAAGAAGAUCACACCUGUCCCAACAGCAAAGGACUUUGUGGACAUAAUACUGUCUAAGACGCAGCGUAAGACACCGACAGUCAUCCACAAGAACUUCAAGAUUUCCCGGAUCCGUCGGUUCUACAUGACCAAAGUGAAGUUCACACAACAAAAUUUCCAUGACAGACUCACCACUAUUCUCUCAGAGUUCCCCAAGCUGGAGGACCUGCACCCUUUCUAUGCUGACCUGCUCAACACCCUGUACAACAAGGAUCACUACAAGCUGUCCCUUGGCCAGAUCAACAUGGCUAGACACUUGGUGGACAAGGUGGCAAGUGAUUACACCAAGCUACUCAAGUAUGGUGACUCCCUCUACCGUUGUAAGCAGCUGAAGCGCAGUGCCCUGGGCCGUAUGGCAACCAUCAUGAAGAAGCAGGCGCCUCCCCUCAAGUAUCUGGAGGAUGUCAGGCAACACAUCUCCCGCCUGCCCUCCAUUGACCCCAACACUCGUACCCUACUUGUCUGUGGUUGCCCUAAUGCAGGUAAAUCUUCCUUUAUGAAUCUGGUGACCCGAGCAGAUGUGGAGGUGCAGCCAUAUGCCUUCACAACCAAGUCCCUGUACGUGGGUCACACUGACUAUGAAUACCUUCGCUGGCAGGUGAUUGACACUCCGGGAGUAUUAGACCGACCAUUUGACCAGAUGAACACCAUAGAGCUUCAGGCCAUCACUGCACUAGCACACAUUCGUGCUGCUGUCAUCUUCUUUCUGGACAUCUCAGAGACUUGUGGUCUUCCCAUGACACAGCAGCUCAAGAUUUAUGAGAGUAUAAAGCCCCUAUUCUCUAACAAGCCAUUGAUUGUGGCCUGCAACAAGGUGGAUGUCACCACAUUGGAGGAACUAGAGCAAAACUUCCCUGAGAAGCGAGCUUUAGUUGGACAGCUGGAGCGUGAUGGAGUGCCGGUGAUGCAGAUGUCAACUCUCACACAGCAGGGUGUCAUGGAGAUAAAGAAGGAGGCAUGUGACCGUCUCCUGGCAAUGCGUGUGGAUGCUAAAAUGCGCACCAAGAAAGCUGACUCUAUCUUAAACCGUGUCCAUGUGGCCAUGCCAGCUCCACGGGACCAGAAGGAGCGGACUCCCUUCAUUCCAGAGAGUGUAUUGAAGGCCAAGGAGAAGAGGGAGGCUGAGGCCAAUGCUGAGGCUGGAACAGAGGAGGAGCUUAUGGAAGUGACAAAGAAAAAACUGGAAAAGGAUAUAGAAGAGGAACUGCAAGAUGACUACUCCCUUGAUCUGAACAAGAAUAAGAAUCUGGAGAAUGAUGAAUGGAAGUAUGACAAAAUUCCUCAGUUUUGGGAAGGCUACAAUGUGGCAGACUUUGUGGAUCCUGACAUUUUGAAGAAAUUAGAAGAGUUGGAAGCAGAGGAGGAGGAGCGUGAGGCAAGUGGUUUCUACAAAUACGACAUUCAGGAGGAAGAUGAAGCCAUGAAGGAGAUACAUCGCCUUGCCCAGCAGAUCAGAGAGAAGAAGAUCAUCAAUGCCAUCAAUGCUAAGAUUGACAAGCCUCAGGGCAAGGCAGUGAUGCCCCGUGCCACCAAGAAGAGGGAGCGGGAGCGCUCAGUGUCACGACUUAGGUCAGAGUUUGAAGACUUGGGCGUGGACAUGUCUGAUGUGCAGGGUUGCCACUUCACCAGGACUCGCAGUACCUCCCGGGCUCGUCCUCCUAUCAAGAGGGCUCGCAUGGACUCGGAGGGAAGGGUUCGCUCCAGUUCCAAGACUCCACGUGAUCAGUCUGGAGUACGAGAUGUUAAGAUGGCUAAGAAGUUGAAGAAGAUUGGCAAGAAGGCACAGAAUGCUAUGAAUAAGGAUGGUCGCAAGGGUGAAGGUGACCGUCAUGUAUAUGACCUGAAACCCAAACACCUAUUUAGUGGCAAAAGAGGUUUGGGAUCCUCUAACAGGAGAUAAGGUACCAGUCAUAGCCAUUGUUGGGAUAGCAUGUCCUGGAUAGCUUAACUUUUUCUAGAUUCUUCAUGUUGAAGGUGUCUGGAAAACUAGCAAGGGAUGCUGGGUGAUAAACUACAUCUGUUGUGUUCCAAGAAGAUACUUUAUGUAUCAGUAGACUCCUGUAUUACCUAACUUGUGUAAUUAUUUGUAGAAAUUAACAUAUAUAUAUAUAUAUAUAUAUAUAUAUAUAUAUAUAUAUAUAUAUAUAUAUAUAUAUAUAUAUAUAUAUAUAUAUAUAUAUAUAUAUAUAUAUAUAUGAGUGAUGCUCUGACAGAAAAAAAAAGGAUAAGAUACAUUGUUGGCCUCCUCUGCUACCUUUUAGGAACUAUUAAGAGGUAUGGUGGUCAUGCUUAAGUAAUGGGAAUAUUUUGACCAUGCUAUGUUUCCAGUGGUUUAGAGGAUGACUGACCAAGAUGGUUGAUAGAAAAAAGGCCUAUUCACUACUAAUUUUGGAAAUUAGCCAUAGUGUCACUUAUCCUCUUCUGGCAGUGUGUUAUUCAAGCAAUAUAUGGCUAAAUUCAGUGAUAAAUUUUUAUGUUCUUUGACUCUUCUUUCCUUUUCUAAAUUGUUACUUCAUUUUGUUACUCUGUUGAGAUGUUAUGGGCAGUCGUGUAAAUGGUGGGUUGAUGUUUGGAGAUCCUUGUCAUGAUCACAGUUUUGAUGCAUUUUGAUAAAGAUGAAAUUUAUAUUGAACGCAUCAUUGAUGUUUAUUUGUUUUUCUAUUAUUAUUAUUUUAUUAUUAUUAUUAUUAUUAUUAUUAUUAUUAUUAUUAUUAUUAUUAUUAUUAUUAUUAUUAUUAUUCUGCACACCUGCUGGUGCUGUUUGAGACAUCUUAUAAAAACUAAAAAUGUUAGAGGAGUAAGUGGUAUCUUGACUGUACCCGUAUGGUACAAACAUCUCUUGCUGCUGGAUAUCAUAUUUUGAUAUUGAAAUGUUGUUACAUCAGUAAUCCCUUACUGAUAAUAGUUUCUGAACCUAAAUAAAGACCAGAGUGCAUACAAA